GACAGUGAAAAGACAAUGAUAAUAUUCUAUGCUGACUGUACUAAUGUUGUUUUGUCAUGACGUUGUGUUGGUGACUGGUGAUUGUUGAUUAAUAAUAAAUAUAACUCAUUGUGUUAACAUACAUAAGUUUUAGAAAGAUUUUGUUAUUGUGAUUGUUUAAUGAAUGUUUCUGAUUAAUAACCAUGGGGAUUUUCGGCAAUUCUUCACCGUUUGAUCAAGACGUCGAACGAGCAACGAGUGAAAACAAUACGAGCGAGGAAUGGGGACUCAUCAUGGAGAUCUGUGACCGCGCCGGCGCCUCCGCGCAGAGCGCCAAGGAGUGCCUGCGCGCCGUCAUGCGCCGCCUCGCGCACCCCGACCCGCACGUGCAGGUGCACGCCGCCACGCUGCUCGACGCCUGCGUCGCCAACUGCGGCCGCGCCUUCCACCUCGAGGUGGCCUCGCGCGACUUCGAGACCGAGUACCGCCGGCUACUGGCGCGCGCGCAGCCCGCCGUGGCGCAGCGCAUGCGCGCGCUGCUACGCAAGUGGGCCGAGGGAGAGUUCCGCGACGACCCACAGCUCGACCUCAUCCCCUCGCUGUACGGCAAGCUGCGCGCCGAGGCGGGCGAGGCGCCGCGGCCCGCCGCCGCCGGCAGCGACGCCGCGGCCGCCGCCGCCGCGCAGCGCGAGCAGGAGGAGCUGGCGCGCGCCAUCGCGCUGUCGCUGCGGGACGCGCCCGGGCCCGCGCCCGCCGCCGCGCCGCUCUACCCGCGCGUCGACGCGCCCGACGCCGCCACGCCGCGCAAGGUUCGCGCGCUCUACGACUUCGAGGCUGCCGAAGACAACGAGCUCACUUUCUUAGCUGGCGAGAUAGUUCACGUCACCGACUCCAGCGAUCCGAACUGGUGGAAAGGAUACAACGAACGGGGCGAGGGCUUGUUUCCCGCCAAUUUCGUAACGGGUGACCUGGCAGAAGCGCCGCGCGCCGCGUCCCCGGCCGGGGGCGCCGGGGGCGCGGCGGGCGGCGGGGGCGCGGCCGAGGCGCGCGACGAGGCGCCGGUGUGUAUCGACGAGGCGACCAUGGACGCGGCGCUGAGCGCGCUGCACGAGGCCGACCCGCGCGAGGCGGGCGCGGGCGAGGCGGCGCUGGCGCGGCUGGAGGCGCGCGCGCACGCGAUGGGCGCGCUGGUGGACGCGGCGCUGGAGCGCGCCGACCGGCGCCACGCGCGACUCACGCAGCUCAGCGCGGAGCUGGUGGACGCGCUGAACCUGUACCACUCGCUGAUGCGCGACCCGCUGAAGCCGUUCGGCCACGGUCCGCACGGCCCUCCCGGUCCGCCGGGCCCGCACGGCCCCCACGGGCCCCACGGUCCGGGUCUGCCCCCGCCGGGCCCCUACCCGCCUCAUGCCUUCGGACCUCCGCCGCUGCAUCCCCCGCCUCCUCGAUGCUGAGGCGCCCGGAACUGCUGCCUGCUGACCAUACUUUAUGGUGAUAUUGUUAUUAUGUUGUAUCUAUUUAAAUUGUAACUUUCUGUAGCGAAAUAAAUUUAUUAAAGGAUCAUUAUUCACUA